CAACAUUACAGCAAAGAAUUCCUCGACCAAGAACCCUUCCUUGAAUCAUCGUCUAAGAGCUCUUGAGUGUCCAAUUAUUAUCCUCUCGAGUUUCUCAUCGAAUUUGAUGCCGCAGGCUUGGUCCAUGGAGUGCAGCGAGCGUAUGUUGCGGUAGGGAGCCAUCCAAGACUGAGAACCCCCUUGCGCGACAGAUUGUGUGUUCCGAAUAGUUAUUACCCAUGUUUCCAGCAGGGGUCCGCCACGAGGCGAUGGCUGCUGAAGAAGGCGGCUCGGUGAUGAAGCGCUGGCAGCCUGGAACGGGACGUUCCCAAGAAACAGCAUCAUUGCCCCCGAGCAGUCCUACAGCCUUAUCUAGAACGCGAUCACCGAUAAUCUCUUCCAGAGCCUAUUCCUUCUCAACGUCUGGAUCACAGAACUACCUACCAAUCACCUUCGAUCACACAGGUCAGAUGGCUCCUCCAGGGGCCAAAAUUCGACUUACAACAAAUCUUUGGGAGGAUGAAGGAACCAUUUAUUUUCAAGUUGAGACCAGAGAAGUUUGCGUGGCUCGCCGUGAAGACAACCACAUGAUCAACGGCACCAAGCUGUUGAGUGCGGCUGGAAUAACUCGAGGCCGUCGAGACGGCAUAUUAAAGAGCGAGAAAACUAGACAUGUGGUCAAGACCGGUCCGAUGCACCUCAAGGGCAUUUGGAUUCCAUUCGAACGUGCUCUAGCCUUGGCAAACAAGGAGAAGAUCACCGAGUUACUAUAUCCUCUGUUUGUGCAUGAUAUUAAGCGGCUCCUAUACGAUCCGAGGAAUCAGAAGCGUACCCAUCUUCCCAAGCCCCAACGUAAACCCCAGGAAACAAAAGAAUGGGCCGAACCUACCGAAAAUCACGUCCGUCAGAUUGAUGUGCCAGAAGAUGGCGACAAAACUUCACAAGAGAUCCCAUUAGACACGCUGCGGAAUGAUGAGCUCUACGAGCGAGGCCCCAUUGGAUCGCUAUCCAGGUCUCUCAUAGAGACUUUGGGUCUCAUUCUUAUUGAGGUCAGAACACGCUCCGACGGGGCUCUACAAUAUGGUUCCCUAGAAUCAAGCUGUGCAGCAUUGUUUUUCUGGGACACUGACCUAGGAUUAUCGCGAGGCGAGCUUGAUGAUAUGCUACAAGACUCUCCUCAGCUGCGUGAUACUUGUCUUACUGUUCUCGUGUCAAUCUCCCAAUUUGUCAGCACAUCAUUGAUACAUCUCAUCAGUAGCGAGCAGCGCCGAAAAGAAGUGUUACAGUCAACAAGGAUUUUGACAUGUCUGGACCAAACCGCUAAUAUGAUUGAGCAGCAAUGUUAUUCAACUUACGAGCCCAAGCAAGAUGCCGAAGCAUUGUGUCAGACUCUCCGUACAAAAAUCGAUACUCUUAUCAUGCUAGCACCUAGCCUGGAAUCACCAGCGGAAGAAAGCUUUGAUGACGAGGCGCCACGUACUAUCCAACACAUUGAGAAACACUUACCAGAGCAGGCCUACAUCAACAGCGUUUCGGAAAAGUUCCCUCUAGCAGCAUCAGCAAUUGUGGCUCAACUAGGAAAAUUGAACUGGGAUCGAUACAAUCACAUGCUUCGUUUACAGCGGGAAACGAUGCAGCAGGAACUCCAAAUGGCCGCCAUGGAGAAGGCAAGGACAAUAUUCAAUGACUCUGGUCUCGGGGCAUCUUUACCAGCACAAUCAAAAGCUGCUUCCAGCCCAGGAUCUGUAUGCGCACCCUCGAUUGUGUCUACCAGGGCCGAAACGAGUCACAAACGUGUGCCUCCACUUCCUGCACAAGCACGGUCUGGUGAGCCUUUUACCUGUGAAAUCUGCAAUAAACAAGUCAAUUUUCAGCGGACCAAAGCCUGGAAGAAACAUGUCUUUAGUGACAUACUGGCAUAUGCUUGCUUCUUCGCUGAGUGCUGCAACACUCGCGUGUUCUUCGAGGACAGCGAUGCGCUAAUGACCCACCUGGAAGACCAACAUGGUAUGGAUGUUCGAAUUUCGGAUGUGGAGUGUCCUCUCUGCAUGGAGUUUACUUCUGGAGACCGUGAUGUCCUAGCACUCCACAUUGCUCGCCAUAUGGAAGAGAUCGCUCUUGCUAUACUACCUUCUGGUGUUGAAUCCGACGAAGAAUCAGCAUGUGACUCUGCAAGCGACAGUAUAUCUACUGAUAGCUACUACACACCUAGAGCACGACGUUCCGAAUAUCCAAAGGAUUCCACCGAACCAAAAUCACACAGUCGCUAUCCGGGAGUACAACAGCAAGGGCCUAUAGUUCAGCCAACUGCGAUAAUUACACCACCGCCACCAGCCAGGCCAGCCAAGCCAGCCAAGCCAGACAGAAGAACCAAAGCACGUGUAACGUGGCCCUGUGUCAACUGCAAGAAGGCACAUCUCUGCUGUGACGUUCAGCGCCCUUGUGGCCGCUGUGUAGCUUCUGGCAAACAGGAGACAUGCAAAGAUGUGCAACUCGAGGCCUAUAGGGCCCUAAGAUCACGGCGAAGGAUACCUCUGACAGGGACGUUGAACGUCCAGCUCAGUGCUUCGAUAGAGGAUUCCGAUCCAGAAAACCCAUCAGCAUCUUCUCGUCGAGCUACGUCUACCCCAGAACAUCGUCCUUCACCGCCCAGCAUACCACGAGGAUCCCUAGAGUCACAAAGACCUACACAUGCAAUAUCCCCUGAACCUGGGCUCUGGCUUGGUGAUGGGCGUCAAUUGCAGAGAAAUUUGAAUAUAAUAAACUAUGGCAGUUGGAAGGCUACAAAGGGGCGGAGUUCUGAUCUAGAUUUUACCAAGGAUUCACGAUACCUCCCCAUUGCACUAGAGCCACCACGAUAUGCACCUUCCAAAUCUAGAUUUUUUGUGCCUAUUACUUCUCCGUCAGCACCUGGUAGUGUCCCGUAUGACCAGGGUGGUUAUAUACCACAACUUGGAGCUUUCGAAUUACAGCUUCCUCCACCAUCGAGUUCAACCCCACAUCGACAACCUGAUAUCCAUGGGUUUGGAGACCAACCAACAGUUCCCUCAAGCAUGAUACCACAAUAUUCUGAUAUCCCUCACCCAUAUUCCGCUUCCAUACCUCCUGGAAUGUAUAUGACUGAAAACUCGUCUUACGGAACGUGGUCAAAGGUCAUCCCCAGGGACAUUGAACUACCACCGCCGCCAACGUCACCAUCAACAUUACCAGGUUCUGGUCUUCCUCCUCCUGAAAAACAAAACUUCUUGUCAGUGCUCAGCAACUUGGCACUGCCAGAGUACAAAUUACCUGACCCGGGGCCUCAAGAUACUCCUCAUCUUAAUGAUGGCAAGCUUGAAUCAGACCCUCAAGGCAACAUUGAAACUUCGUCUAUACAACAAUGGAGACCUCGAUUGGCUCCUCAUAUAGCUACAAAACGACCCACAUAUGCAGAGGUUACUAGAAUGACUUGGGAGCAGGCCAGACAGCGUGAAUCAGAGCGUCAAAACAACAGUGGGGCAUCUUCCAAACAACGAUCAGAAUCUCCGUGGGAGUACAAGGGCGACAGAGCUUCCAAGACGACGCCCAAAAGUAGCACUGAAUACAGGAAAUAG